AUAUAUUACCAAAACACAAACAUGGUUCACUUAGGCCCUAAAAGACCUCAACACAGAAAAGGUACCUUCACCGAUGUCCCUGAACAGUGGAUGGAACAGUUGCACGAAAUCGAAAACUUGUUAACGGUUUCAGCAGAAACCUUGAGAACCAUCACCACCCACUUUGUCAGUGAGUUGGAAAAAGGCUUGAGCAAAGCUGGCGGUAACAUUCCCAUGAUCCCUGCCUGGGUCAUGGACACCCCUACCGGCAAGGAGACGGGUGACUACUUGGCGAUUGAUUUGGGUGGAACAAACUUGAGAGUGGUGCUCGUACGGUUGGCAGGUGACUGCACUUUCGACACCACCCAGUCCAAGUUCGCGUUGCCUGAAAGCUUUAGAACCGGCUCCGCCGACCAGUUGUUUGACUUUAUCGCCGAUAGCUUGGCCAAGUUCGUCGAAGAACAAUACCCAGAAGGAUGCCUGGAACCUUUACCAUUAGGAUUCACUUUUUCGUACCCAUGUUCCCAAUCCAAAAUCAACUCAGGAAUCUUGCAAAGAUGGACCAAGGGCUUUGACAUCGACAACGUGGAAGGCCAUGAUGUGGUUCCCAUGUUACAAGCAUCCAUUAAAAAAGUGGGUGUUCCAAUUGACGUGGUGGCCUUAAUCAACGAUACCACCGGUACGUUGGUGGCCUCGAUGUACACGGACCCAGAGGCCAAGAUGGGCUUGAUUUUCGGUACUGGCUGUAACGGGGCCUACUACGACGUGGUAGGAGACAUCCCCAAGUUGGAGGGGAAAUUCCCAUCCGACAUUCCUGCCACCUCGUUGAUGGCCAUCAACUGCGAGUACGGAGCCUUCGACAACGAGCACGCAGUUUUGCCCAGAACAAAGUACGACGUGCAAAUCGAUGCCGAAUCACCUCGUCCCGGCCAGCAGUCGUUUGAAAAAAUGAUUUCGGGCUAUUAUUUGGGGGAGGUUUUGAGAUUGGUGUUGUUGGACUUGGCCGAAGAAAAGGGCUUGUUCUUCAAGGGCCAGGAUUUAUCCAAGUUGCACAAGCCUUUCAUCAUGGACACGUCGUUCCCUGCUCACAUCGAAGACGACCCAUUUGAAAAUUUGUCGGACGUCCAGGAGUUGUUUGACACAGUUUUGGGCAUCCAGGUGACGUUACCUGAAAGAAAGGUUAUUCGUAGAUUGGCUGAAUUGAUUGGUGAAAGGUCCGCCAGGUUGUCUGUGUGUGGAAUUGCUGCCAUCUGCAAGAAGAGAAACUACAAGAAGGCCCACUGUGCGGCCGAUGGAUCUGUUUACAACAAGUACCCGCAAUUCAAGGAAAGAGCUGCAAAGGCCUUGAGAGACAUCUUCGAAUGGACCGAGGACGAGGAUCCGGUGGUGAUUAUUCCUGCAGAAGAUGGAUCGGGCGUAGGGGCUGCUGUGAUUGCUGCCUUGACUGAAAAAAGAUUGGCUAACGGAUUAUCUGUUGGUCUCGAAUAGUUUUAUAGAUAAUGCUAAUGGUGAAGUUAAUGGUUUUUGUGCGCGCACUGCGAUUAACUGCGAUUAGUGAUCGCGCUACAAUUCGGUGCGCACCAACUAUGAACCUGGACUUGAUGGAACAAUCUCUUAGGGAGAUAGCCGUCGAGGGCAUCGACCUCGACCAGGAGUUCGACGUCACACGCUUACAGGAGGAGAAUGACUUGAUCGUAUUGACCAACCAGAUCUCAUCUGAUGAGUUGAUCAGUAACGAGGAUAUCCUAAACACAGAAAAGUUGAUUGCUGAAGGCAGAGCAGAGUCUGAAUACACCACGUAUAACUUCGAUCUUUGGAGUGUGUUGAAGAGGGGCGCCAUCAACUUGGUGUUACCCUUCAUCAAUGGAAUGAUGUUGGGAUUCGGAGAGAUUUUGGCCCAUGAAAUAGGAUUCAAGUAUAACUGGCAAGGGGCCCGAGUGGUGCCCGAGAGACGUAUAGAACAGAAAAAUAGCCUGUCUAGGUACUUGUAAUGGUUUAUAUUCUAAUGCUAAUGGAUGCACUUUAGUGCACAAAAUCUAAUAUACUUGUCAUAAUUCGUAUUCAUGUCCAAAACCAGACGGCACCUGCUUGAGCCACAAACACUUCAAACAAGCGGUGUCUCGUGCUUGUCGCUAAAUAGUUCGUACUGUCUGUCUUUUCCCACCGGAAACCUCUUUACUGUAUCACAUACCAUGCACAGAUAAAUAAGAACGUCGUUUUUGGGGUCUUUGGAGCCCGACAAAUUCUCUAGCCGGACCCGUAGUGUGGCCCCAGCAACGAGGAUCGUAUUACACUGCUUGCACAUGGUUCUCUUGAAGUUAGGUGUCAACUUGAGCACUGCUUUUUUGGAUAUCACCGUAGCAUUUCUGCUGUAGACUCGGGAGAGUGUGUGAAACUUGGGAUUUUGUAACAUCAUUUGUGACACCUGGUACAAGUAAGAUAUCCGGGUGUACUCGUCUUUCUUGGGAAUGGACGUAGGGGUUUUCCCAGAUGUCUUUUUAGCCAUCUGCAAACCUCAAACCUCGAACCUC